AUGCCGCCGUUCAUACCGACGAAACGCUCGCUAUCUCCCCUAGACCAACACUCGCCACCACCCGCCAAACGGCCUGCAACCAAGAAACAGAUCGCCGAGCUCCUAGAGAGCUCCGAUUCAUCGCUCAGCGAUGUAUCGAGCGAGGAAGAAUGGCUUGACGUGACGCAUCCGAUGAAAUCAAAAGGGAAGAAGGAUAAGGCAGAUCACGAUGAUCACGAUGACGAGAGCGUGGAUUGGGAGGAUGCGAAGGACACAACCACACCUAGCGGCUAUGCGUCUCAUGCCACGCCAGCUCAGGGGGAUGCAUUUCAGGAUUUGGAGUUGACCUUGGAUCCCACGGUGAGCGUCCCGGUUACCAGUCUGCUAGAUACAAAGAAAGGGCCGUCUCAGAUUGAGCGUGCGAUUCGACUGAGUACUCACAAGGCACAUGUGCAGUGCUUGCUCUUCCACAAUGCGAUUCGCAAUGCGUGGCUGAAUGAUAAAAAAGUACAUGAAAUAUUACGAGGACAACUACCUGAAGGAAUCCAGAAGGAGAUCAAAAGAUGGCGAGUCGCAUCCGCGUUGGAUCCUCCUCCACCUUCACCACCACAAAAGAAGGCCGAUACGAAGGGCGGGAAAAAGAAAGGAUCAAAGAAGAAGGAAAAUGCCAAGACCCGUAAUUGGGGCGAAGAAGCGAAGCGAUUAGAGCCUGAUCAGCCAGACAUGAGUCACGGUGAUCCUAUCCUACAGCUAUUGCGCAUUUUAGCAGCAUAUUGGAAGAGAAAUUUCAGAAUCACAGCACCCGGACUUCGGAAACAUGGAUAUCGAUCUGCUAUGAAGUUGGAAGCUAUAGUGUCUUCCUUCAAGAAAGAAGAGCACAAUCCAAAUGUACAUGGCGAGCGCAUAGCUGAUCGACAUGAGUUCCGUGCCGCUGCAGAGAAGCGACAAGGGUCGCGUGACGUCGGUGCUCAACUGUUCACAGCGCUUCUUCGAUCAUUAGACAUCGAGGCUCGGUUAGUCUCGAAUAUGCAGCCUCUCGGAUUCGGAUGGACCAAGGCCGAAGUUGAUACCUCUGAGCCCGCAAAGCCAGAAACAAGCGCUAAGCAGACCGAGGUUGAGAGCAGCGAUGAAGACUCUGAGUCGGAUGAGGAAGACGACACCCGAAAGUCUUCCAAAACAAUUCAAUUCGAUCGCGAUCUACCAUUCCCUGUCUACUGGACUGAAGUGGUUUCGCCCAUCACUCAUGAAGUCAUACCAGUUGAUCCUCUGAUUCUGAGCAACCCCGUCGCUGCCAAUCCUGAAAUGGUGGCUGCCUUUGAACCUCGAGGAAGUCGAGCCGACAAAGCGAAACAAGUGAUUGCUUAUGUGAUCGCCCAUUCAUCAGACGGCACCGCCAAGGAUGUGACUACGCGGUAUCUACGACGGCAAACAUGGCCAGGAAAGACAAAAGGGUAUCGGUUGCCAAUGGAAAAGAUGACCAUCAGAAUGUCCAGACGAGGUCCUACGUAUACAAUUGACUACCAUUGGUUCCGGGAGACGAUGAGAGGAUAUGUGCGCUCCGACAAACAACGAACGGCUGUAGAUGACGUCGAAGAUGCAAAGGAUCUCGUUGCUAAUCAACCCGAAAAGAAAAUCGUCAAGAAAGAGACAGAUACCUUGCAGAGUUUGAAAGCUUCAACGGAGUUUGUUCUGGAGCGGUUUCUUCGCAGGGAAGAAGCGCUCCGGCCUGGAGCUAAAGUCGUACGAAAAUUCAUUAGUGGCAAAGGCGACAAGGCUAAAGAAGAGAACGUCUAUCGUCGCGCGGAUGUUUUGCGAUGUCUUUCUGCUGAGAGCUGGCACAAGGAAGGCCGGCGGCCGAAAAUAGGAGAGGCGCCGUUGAAGCGCGUUCCCAUACGAGCAGUAACUCUCAUGCGAAAACGGGAGGUGGAAGAACUCACGCGACAGACCGGGCAAAAACCUCUCCAGGGGCUUUACGCUAACUAUCAAACGGAAUUCAUUAUCCCACCUCCUAUCGAGAACGGGGUGAUCCCAAAAAAUGAAUAUGGAAACAUCGACUGCUUCGUUCCUACUAUGGUACCCCGCGGAGCCACGCAUAUCCCCUACAGCGGCACGGUGCGUAUCUGCAAAAAGCUGGGUAUCGACUACGCCGAAGCCGUGACCGGGUUCGAGUUUGGGAGUAAAAUGGCCGUCCCAGUCAUCGAAGGGGUGGUCGUCGCAGAGGAGAAUGCGGAAUUGGUUCGUGAUGCGUGGCGGGCAGAUCAGGAGGUUCGUCGCGAGAAGGAGAGGCUUGCGCAUGAGAAGCGCAUCUUGCAAACGUGGAGGAAAUUUGUGAUGGGUUUGAGGAUUAUGGAACGUGUGAGGGCGGAGUAUGGUGAUGACGGGGAUGCGGAGCUGGAUAAUCCGUUUCAGCGACGGGGGCAGACUCAGGGUGCGGAGACUCCCAAGGGGACUGAUCAUAAAGGACACGAGCAUGAUUACGAAGACCAUCAUGAGGAAGCAGAUGCCGACCUCGGUGGAGGGUUUCUCUUGCCAGGUCAAGACGAUGCAGAUGCAGAUCUUGGCGGAGGUUUCCUCUUACCCGGUCAAGACGAUGAUACGAAUGAUUUUGUCGUCGAGCAUGGUGAUGACGUUCAUCGGCAAGCCGUGAAGGAAUCCAUGGACGUUGAUGAGGAUGAUGAGCCGGACCUCGAUGAGCCCUUAGGUGACGUGGAGAUGUCUUCCCCUAGCGAAGAGGAAGAGGAAGAGGAAUAUAAACCGCCACCCCGAAACUCAAAUCAGCGACGGAGGCGAGGCGGUUAA